GCACACUACCUCUCAGUCCUCUCGCAGCGGCCAACGGUACCGCAUGUGCCGCUAGCUGCUCCGCUACAAACAAACAGCCACGCGAGGAAACUUACCGUGCAGUGUUAUGAUGCAAACUUGUGUUGAUCGUGCCUGGACGGGGUGAAUACUUUUAGACUGAUCGCAUAGCAAGGAUUGAGUGCAGUGCUACUUAAAGCUCGAAGAUGCCGAAGAUCUUCCUGAUUAAGAAGCGGUUGCACGAGCAGCAACUGGGGCUGCAGGAGGGGCAGGAGUUGCUCGCCAGCAAAGCCGACACACUCUGCCCCGGCUCGCCUCUUGAUGACGGACCCAUUGCUCUGUUGUCCAAGAAGGAUAAGGAAUGCAUCGAUCGAGAUGUGUUCGGAGAAAGCAAUGGAUCAAGACUUAUGCAUGAACGUCGCACGAAAGAACCGAGGAGAUUUAUAUCAUCCAUACUUGGCGGCGAUAUUCCUUACGGAAGUCACAGGGGUCACGUCCUUACACAAGCUGAAAGGAAGCAAUAUUUGCCGGUCGAAGAGAAGAAGGGAGAUGACAAACCUCUCAUUAAAGAAGAGAAAGAUCCAUUGGAAAGUGAACCCGUAAUCCUACCAACCAGAAACUCACCAUCACCAGAGUCCGUACCGUCUCCUAGUAUCGAUCAUAAUGUAACAUGCCAAAAAGUAUCAGUAAUUCAAAGAACACCAUCACAGUCGCAAUUUCGCGAUGGUAAGAAAGAAUUGUCGGAAGUUACUGUCCCACCAACGCUGCCUACACCAGAACCAGAACAGGACCAGCCAAUAGAUUACGCUAUAGCGAAGAAACGAGGAGAAUCCGAAGACGAAGAAACAGAAAAGAAGAUAAGAGAACAAAGGAGGACAAGUAGCUCAAAAAUUGCUAAUAGCAUCUUGGCUAGGCCAGUUUUGGUUUUGCGGAAUUGUCCAGCAAAUAAAGUUCCAGGAAUUAUUAAUGCUGCUGCUGGACAUGGUCGAUCAACUGGUGGCAAUGGGACCAACUCUAGUUCACAGAGCAGCGGAGGGUCAGGAAAUUUUAGCUCAGGUGGUGGAAGUACGGCCCCGAGCUCAGGAGGCGGAGGUGCUCUCGGAGGCGGAUCUGGAAGUGGUGGAAACGGUCGAGAUGGACGAUCAAAUUAUGGACCGAACAGUCCACCGACAGGCAGUCUGCCUCCUUUUUACGAAACUCUUGGUCCUUCAACGAAAAGUGGCCAAAACUCAUUCAAUGCCAACAGUAACUUCUCCAAUGAGUUUAACAUGAUGAAUGGAUUUAACAUGGAAUGUGAGAAUAAUGAAAACGCAACUAAUUUCCCAGAACAGGGUAAACAAUAUUCCUUAAUGCAGAACGCACAUUACGGAUUAGCUUUAAAAGACGAAGAAAUAGACUAUGAGAAUAAGUUAGAAAAUUUAGGUGCAAUUGGUAAUUACGGAAGUAAUUUCGAUGUUUCUAUGGUUGUUGAUAUGGGUGAAGACGUUAUAGAUAAUAUACAAUUUUCAACUACAUUAUCCUUUACCGGAUCUAACGAAGGAAUUUUAGGAAAUUUAUCUGAUUCUGCGGAAGACUUUGCCAAUUUAUUAAAUAAUCAUGUUGAAUCCAUAACUGAUUCUGAAAUAAGGGAAUCUUCAUCAAUAACUCCAGACUCAGUUCACAAUCCAUCGGACAUCCCAUCGCUGGCAGAGCAAAUAAAUCUAAGCAGACAGUAUUACGAGAAAGCAAACUACUUAGCGUUUGCGAGUCACGAGCAAAGCCCAUCAUAUAAUUUUCCUAAAGAACGCCCAGAUCUGUUAAUGCAUUUAAAUCCGGCGCUCCUUCAACACAAUGAAGGCCAGAUGCAGCAACUUCAAAUCCACGUGCAACUGCAACAGAGACAGCAAAUGCUAUCUCCCGGAUUCCCCUUCCCUAGUCACUCACUGGAGCUGGAUUCACCGACGGGCGUGUCGCUGCCGUCGCCCGGCGGGAACAAUUCCUUGGACGGCAACAGCCACAUCGAGAGUUCAUCGCUCAGCCCCGCUGCCGCUGUAAGUCUGAAGAAAGGCUCUGUCGCCGAUAGCAAAAUUCAAAUCUUGCAACAAAGGUUGGGUUUACCGGCAGAGCUUCCAUUGGAAUUUAUCAACGGUGGGCACGGUGUGAAGAAUCCCCUUGCCACAGAAGCGAAUGCGAGACAAAGAGAAGAGGAAAAGAAUAAACAAGUAUUAGUGAGCGAGGACGACCCUACGAAGUUUAUCUGCAGGGUUUGCUCGAAGAACUUCAGUUUACAGAGGCUACUGAACCGGCACAUGAAAUGUCACUCGGAUGUUAAGCGAUACCUGUGCACAUUCUGCGGCAAGGGAUUCAAUGACACCUUCGACUUGAAGAGACACACACGAACCCACACGGGAGUCCGACCUUACAAAUGCAACCUCUGUGAGAAGUCAUUUACACAAAGAUGCUCACUAGAAUCUCACUGCCUGAAAGUACAUGGCGUACAGCACACAUAUGCUUACAAGGAGAGAAGAACUAAGAUGUACGUGUGCGAAGAAUGCGGUCACACCACCUCAGAACCGGAAGAACACUACAUGCACCUUAAGAAGCAACACCCUUACUCGCCUGCACUACUCAAAUUCUACGACAAGAGGCACUUUAAAUUCACGAACGCAUCGUUCGCAAAUCAACUGUUGGGACAACUGCCGAUGCCUGUUCACAACUGAAUAUUAUAAAUAUUUUCGACUGAUGACAUUUAACAAUUAUCUCAAUUUAAUAUUGAGAUCUCUAGGUACUUAAUAAUUUAUUAUUCGCUUUUUUCCAAUUUGGAAACAUAACAAUGAAUUAUGUUAUGCGAUGUAUAACGAAUUUAUUCCGUCCGUUAUGAGUGACUCCUAUCGAAUUGAUUAAAUUGACUUUAAAUUUCCCAGUGCUUUAUGAAAUCAAUAUGCACUAAACUCUUCUUAGUAAUAAUGAACAUUGUCUUCCAAACUAAUUGUAAACAUUCCUCGUUUUAAAUCAAUUCGUAUUGAUAUAUGGAACUUUAUUAAUUUAAAGUUCCCAAAAAUACCUUUAUUUUUUAACAGUCAAAUGAAAAUAUACUAGCCUUAUAGUUAGGCAUGACUGCAAUUAAAAAAUCAAAGUAUCGGGUAUGAUGUGCAAUCUUUGGUGAUGGUACGGGAUUAUGUAUAAGUUUAGUUUGUAACAUAGAAUAAAUAAAGAUAGCUUUAGUCUUAAGAUAUAUUUGAAGUUAUUAAAAUCGUAAUUGUGAGCUUGAUUUUAAUUCAGCGUUGGACUGCGGUAGUUACAGUAUGGUGCUAGACGGAGAGCAAGUAGCCGCUGAUUUAAAAUGAAGCCGUUAUGGACCGGAUGACACUUAUUGUCCGGUUCAUAAGGUUAUUGUAUCAGGCGUUCCCUAAGCUUGAUGAAAAAUUAACUCCACAAUAAGGAAUCUCUUUCCUCGAUUUAGUGAUACUAGCUUCUAAUUAUCUGUCAAUAUGUUAACACAAAACUUUGUCACAAUUUUUAUGUGUUUUGUACUUAAUGUUAUGUUUGUUCUUUGUUGGUACUUAAUAUGAUGUGAAUUUUUUUUUUUUUUGUAAAUUAAUGUGACCUCGAGUGGUUCACUAAAUGUCGUACCAAUUUUAAAUGCAUUUCUAGAAAUAUUUAUAUUAUUUAAAUUAUAUAAUUGAUCGGUUACAGUUUGUGCUGUGAGUGAGUGUGAGAAUUAUUCGUGUAACUAAGUUAUUUAAUGAGUUGAUUGUUACUGCAUAAUUUUACAUAGAGGUCGCGUCGAGAGAACGUGAAGCGCUUCUACGAAAUUAAAUAUUAUAGGAACAAUAAGAUGCUCAAUUUUCGGUACAUUUGCGCUUUCACAGCGAAGCUUGUGGAUGAAUUUUAAAAUUGUAAAUAUGUCUGAAUAUAGUGAGUAGUAGUAAAAAUAUCAUCUACUUUUCUUAGUAGUACCUAAUUAGUGUUUAUGAGAUUUAAAAAAAUUAAUAAAUUGUUAAUGUAUUUUUUACGAUUUGUAAGAUUUCAUAAUUUCUGAAAAUUAUAAAUAUAUUGGCUUAUCGUCGUUUUGUUUGUAUACGAAUAAAUAGUAGCGCUGUAUCUCGAUCCUAACUAAAUACUUGUCAGUUGCAUUUACUAGCAUUUUCAUUGAAUUAUCAAAC